AUCACCUGCUUGGAGCUUCGACAUUUUUUGGUUCGAUGCCUAUCCGGACGCUGUCAAUUAACUUAGUACCUGGAUAUCUCGGGUUGUGCUAUUGUCGACACCAAUGCCACGGCCUGUAAGCACACCCUACAAACAUGAUAUCGCUUUUCUCUUUGUUUUUCACUUGCCUGGUAAAGUUGGUUAUAGGUGAGAAUGCUGUAUAUAUAGUACGAUUCGUGCACUCCUCCCCAGUUUUACUCCGGUAUCUUUUCCGUCAUAGUUUUCAAAAACAUGGCGAUCUAUACCAAAUGGUAAUGCCGUUGAAACCAGCUGACCGGCGAUCUGAACACAAAUAUCCCUUCAACGGUUCUAUUCCCCGCUCGACGUCUUUCCAAGAUCAACGUUGACGAAGGAACAGGUGACACCCACUAACGUUCAUGUCCUUGUCUCAGUCCUCGACGACCUGCACAUACAAAAUACAUGGAC